GGAAAAAUACCCCAACUCACCAAUGACUGCAAAACAAAUACUGGAAGUCAUUCAGAAGGAAGGGUUAAAAGAAACAAGAAAUGGAACCUCUCCAUUAGCUUGCCUGAAUGCAAUGCUUCAUACUAACACUCGUGUAGGUGAUGGAACAUUCUUCAAAAUCCCUGGGAAGUCGGGACUCUACGCUCUCAAAAAAGAAGAAUCAACAUGCCCUACUGAUGGAACAUUGGAUUUAGGAUGUGAUUCUGAGUUAGAUGGCACUGAAAUGGCUGAGACAAACAAUAAUAAUGGAGAAGGAAAUGGUGUUUGCCCAAAGCAGACAUCUGAAGAAAUGUCUUCCAGUCGCGAUUCAAGCCUUACUAAUACACCGGUGCAAAGCAAGCUAGUAUCUUCCUUCCAGCAGCACACAAAGAAAGCACUUAAGCAGGCUUUAAGACAACAGCAGAAAAGAAGAAAUGGAGUCUCAAUGAUGGUAAACAAGACUGUUCCUCGUGUUGUUUUGACACCAUUAAAGGUGUCUGAUGAGCAGUCGGAUUCACCUUCAGGGUCUGAAUCGAAAAAUGGUGAAGCAGAUGGUUCUGAUAAAGAGAUGAAACAUGGGCAAAAGUCUCCAACUGGAAAACAAACAAGCCAGCACUUAAAGAGGUUAAAAAAAUCUGGUUUAGGACAUUUGAAAUGGACCAAAGCUGAGGAUAUUGACAUAGAAACACCAGGAUCUAUUCUAGUCAACACUAACCUGAGGGCUUUAAUAAAUAAACACACCUUUGCUUCUUUACCUCAGCAUUUUCAACAAUACCUCCUGCUUUUGCUUCCAGAAGUAGACAGACAGAUGGGAAGUGAUGGAGUUUUGCGCCUCAGUAGUUCUGCUCUGAAUAAUGAGUUCUUCGCGUACGCAGCGCAGGGGUGGAAGCAGCGAUUGGCAGAAGGAGAAUUUACACCAGAAAUGCAGUUGCGCAUCAGACAAGAGAUUGAAAAGGAAAAGAAAACAGAACCUUGGAAAGAAAAAUUCUUUGAAAGGUUUUAUGGUGAAAAAUUGGGAAUGUCAAGAGGGGAAUCUAUGAAACUCACUGCAGUGCAGAAUAAUGAUGAAAGUGAAAGCAAUUCUUUGUGUGGAUCUUCUGGCACACCUGGUCCUUCUAAGCAAGCAACCUUUGAGGACCAAGAAGAGAAAGGUGCUAAAAUUACACCUUCACCGGAGGGAGAUUAUUGUCCAUCUCUUUGUAAUAUGGAACAGGUUCCUGUCAAAGAUGCAACAGCAGACUCUGAGGAUAUACUGAUACCUGAAGAAUCAGUCAUUCAGGAGGAGAUUGCUGAAGAGGUUGAGACAAGUAUUUGUGAAUGCCAAGAGGAGAACCAUAAAACAGAACAUGAGUUUUCUGAGGAGUCAGUAAGUCCAGCUGGCACAAAUGAAGAAACAGAGGCAGUACAGCUUGCAGACAGCACUGAGUCCUGUGUCAUGAUGAAUGAUGUAACUGAUACUGUAUCUCACAUUGAAAUUAAGGUGGAGUUGAAGUCAGAAAGCCCUCAGGAGGAGAUGUCAGUUGUGAUAGAUCAGCUGGAAGAUUGCAUAUCACCAGCACAAUCAGCUUCAUCCACAAACUCUGUCAGUGAUACAGCAGAGAAGGAAUCUGAGUCUGCAAAAGAGCUAAUUGCACCAGAAAUGCAAAAUGCUGCUCUGGAAGGUUCUUUGUUCACUGGAGGAGGCAUUGCAGUGGAUAUGGAGCUUCAAAGUGACCCCGAGGAACAGUCAUCUGAGAAUGCUUGUAUUUCUGAAACUUCCUUUUCCUCUGGAAGUCCAGAUGGACCAUGUGUUUGUAUUGCCUCUCCUGGAGGAGACACUCAGUCAACUUCAGAGGAACCCUGUACUCCAGUAUCUCUUGAAACAGCUUGCUCAUCUGAAGUGUCCAGUACUGAAAAUAUUGAUGGAGAUAUUCAGCAAAAGGCCAGGGAUGAAAACUUGCACACACCUUUAAUGUCAGAAAUCUCACCAAUGUCCACUUCACCUGUAACCUCAGAAGCAUCUCUGAUGUCAAAUUUACCUUUAACAUCAGAGGCAUCACCAGCUUCUAAUUUACCUUUAACAUCAGAAACAUCUCCAAUGUCUGAUUUGCCUUUAGCAUCAGAAACAUCUUCAGUAUCUUCUGUUCUUCUAACUUCUGAAACACUUGUGGCAAAUAGUUUGCCUCUUCCAUCAGAGACAUCUCCAGUUUCUAAUUCCCCAAGCAAUGAAAGACUAAUUCUGCCACAAAGGAAAUCACCUUGUUUGUUGGAAGACUCCCUUCCCACUUUGAAAGAAGAAAGCUCUGCCAUUUCUAAAGUGGUUCCAGAAGAGAAUCUUGUUAUUCAGCCAAAGCAACUUCAGAGUGCCCCUGCAAAUUUGAAAGUUGGUCCACUAGCAAUUAUACCUGAUACGUCAGUGUUGGAAGAGUCCCAAAGCAAAAACCUAAGUCACCAGCCAUGUAAGUCACAUUCUGAAACUGAAAAACCCUACAUUGCAUCCAUACCAGAACACUCGCCUCCAGAGGUGAUCAAAAUUAAAAAUCACAGUGUUCAGCAAAGAGGUGAGAAGAAAGGAACACUCUUGCCAUCAGAAGUAGCUGUCUUAUCGGAAGGACCAGUCGGCAAAAAUAUCGAAUUGCUUCCAACGAAGCCACAUGAUAAACUAUAUACCUCAUCUCUAGAGAAAGCUACGCUCUCUGAAGUGUGCAGGAGUAAACCUCACAAGCAGACAGGCAGCAACCAAAGCCGUCUAGAGAGUUCACAUUCUUCCAAGUCAUUAGAACCCACAAAAUCACCUGAAGUGAGGAAUGAAAGUAGAGACCCAGAGAUCCCAAAGAGGAAAACAGCAGAACAGCACAGUUUUGGAAUCUUCAAAGAGAAGAGAGCUAGAAUAGAUGACGAUCAGCCUAACCGUAGUGCUUCAUCAACAAGUCCGUCUGAUAAAGAUCAGCCACCCAGAGAAGAACCCCGAGUUCCACCACUUAAGAUUCAGCUUUCAAAAAUUGGACCACCAUUUAUCAUCAAGAGCCAACCUGUUUCUAAACCAGAGCCUCGGGUUUCCCCAAGUACGUCGGUCAGCAGCGGGAGAAACACUGGGGCUAGAACUCUUGCAGAUAUCAAAGCAAGAGCUCAGCAAGCAAGAGCCCAAAGAGAAGCUGCAGCUGCAGCAGCCGUGGCAGCAGCUGCGAGCAUAGUCUCUGGAGCAAUGGGGACCCCAUGCGAAGGUGGGAAGACAAGAACACUGGCACACAUCAAGGAGCAAACAAAGGCCAAGCUAUUUGCAAAGCAUCAAGCCAGAGCUCAUUUACUCCAGACUAAUAAAGAAUCCAAGUCUCAGUUCAGCUCAAAGGAAAGUACCUCAUCUCUGGAGAUACCAGCUUCUACUGACACAAAGACUGAAGGUUCUACCGGUGUCAUUAUAGUUAAUCCUAACUGCAGGUCCCCUAGCAACAAGUCUGCUCAUCACCGCGAGGCUACGGCUUUGUUGCAGCAGUCACUUAACACAGCUACAUUACCAGAAACUGCUACUGAGAUACCUGUGCACAGUUCUGAUGAAAAUAUACCUAUGCCACAAUUGUGUGAGAAAAUUAUUUCAUCUACCUCUACUGAAAGUAACAGUGUGCCAGUGCUUUAUAAUAAAAGUUCGGUCUCUGUGUCUGUUUGCAGCACUGCUAUGUCUGGAGCAAUUAAAGAACUUUCUUUUGCAAGUUCUGUUGAUAAAUCCUCUGUUUUAAUGUCUGUUGACAGUGCAAACACAGCAGUUUCAGCGUGUAAUAUCAAUAUGCUGAAAACCAUCCCAGGGGCUGAUACUCCAUGCAUAACUGUUGGACCAAAAUGUGUUGAUAACAGUAACGUACCAGUCUCCAUAGACAGUGCGGCCUUAUCAAGCGCCAUGGAUGAGAAGAGGCUGCCGAUACCAAGUAGCAAUGCGAGUAACGCAGUCUCCAGUCAUUACGCCACCGUGGUGCCAGCUUCAUCUCUUGCAAAUAAUUUGCCAAAUCAUCUCUCUGGUAGUUCCGUACUGAUUCCCCCAGUGGGGACUACCAACAGGUUUUCUUCUGAUAAGAUAGCCAUAACUGGGUGUAACGAGCAGAGCACUGUCUCCAUUCACACGACUGCUAGGUCAGCUCUAAGCUGCAGUGAGGCCCUUGCAGUGGCAGAUUCUGUUGCAAGGCCGCCCAUUUCAAUGUUUACUGGUAACAUGGUGACAAUAAGCUCUUAUGAAAAUGCUACUAAAUUAAAUGCUGAUCUCUUAGAAAAAAGCUCUGGAGCACGAAACCGAAUGGAUCUCUCUUGUAAAUCUCAGCCAGUGAGCUUUGCACAAACUGCCAUGAAUAGGUCUAUACCUUGCAAGGUCAUUGUUGACCACACUACAAAUCUGAAUUCCAGUCUGUCCCUUUCUUCUUCUAUUGAAAAUGCAGAGAACAGCAUUGACCUGCAGAGCAGACCUGUAAGGACAGAAGCUGCCUUACAAAGUAUAGCCUGUCCUCAGGUGUCUGUCAUAAGCAGGCCUGAAGCAGUCUCUAAUGAAAGCCUUGAGCACAGUUCCGGCUUUCUCACCAUCACAGCAAAGCAAGACAGCAAGAACUUGCAGGCAGGUUGUUCAAGUCUUCGAGAAGUGCCUCUUGCUCCUCAAGAUAAAUUAAAUGAGGUGGUUACUCCCAGCCAAGGUUUUGCUGAGCAAUUAAGGGGUCCUUCAGCAUUUAAAAAUGAAGCAGAUGCUGCCUGUGCCAAUCAGUAUAAUGCUAACAAUAGAAUUUGUUGGCAUGAUGAAGAGGCAAUGAGCACAGACCAGCCAGUGGUCAGCCAUCUUCACUCCGGUAAGCAUAAGGAAUACGUAGAGCAAAACUGCCUAAAAAAUGUCAAAACCGAACCUUCCAGUUACCCACAAAUGUCAGAACUGCAGUCCAGGAGUCUGUUGCCGAGCAUUGCUGUUCCUGUGAAAGCGGAAACUAACGAGUCUGACAAGUGCUUCAGGAUGGACACCGAGGAUUUUACAGGACCUGAAAUGCCUGCCCAGGCUGCGGAAAUAGCCACGAGUGUGCAGCCACCACAGACCUCCAAGGCAUCCAUUGCGGACUCCAUGGAAGACUCCCUGUCCCUGACAACAGAAACCCUGAAGAGAGUUACCGGUGCCGGCGGCUCUAGCUGUCGCUUGUCGUCAGUGGAGGCCAACAAUCCUUUAGUGACACAGUUACUGCAAGGAAAUCUGCCUCUAGAGAAAGUGCUGCCGCAGCCCAGAUCAGGAGCCAAACUAGAAAUUAACAGGCUUCCCUUGCCUUUGCAAACUACCUCAGUAUGUAAAACAGCGGUGUCCGAGAGAAAUAUUGUUGAACAUCCUUCCAACUCUCCUAAUCCAGAUGGUAAAGGGUUUACAACAGGCAGCAUAGCCCCUCUACAAAUCAGAAAGCGUGAAAACCAUCCGAAAAAGAGGAUGGCCAGGACUGUAGGGGAACAUGCUCAAAUUAAAUGUGAGCCUGGGAAAGUGUCGAUGGACACAGAUGUUAAAGUGGCUCCUUGUGUAAUUAGUUCCAGCAUGAAUCAGCUAGGGCAUGGUCAGCCAUUUAAGCAGGAGUGGCUGAGCAAACAUGCCAUUCAGAACCAAAUCGCUCACAGCCCAGAGAUCAAGCAGCAGAAGAGGCCUCUGCCUUCAUGCAGUUUCCAGCAGAGCUUAUUUCAUAUUGAUAAAAAUGGCAGCUUUCAUGCAGAUGCUAGUACCUCACAUAGACAGCAUUUUUACCAAAUGUCCAUGGCUGCAAGAGGCCCCAUUCCUACGGCAGCUUUGUUGCAAACUACUUCAAAAGGCCCACCUGGCUGCAACGCAUUUACUUUUAGCAGACACCUGGAACAGAAGGGCUUGGGAGAUGUGAAUAUUUCUACAGCAGCUCACCAGCUGAGGCUAGGAAGUGUGUUUUCCCCCAAUAUUCAAAUUAAGGAAGGUGAUGACAUUGCCAGUGCCUCUCAGACUCUGCAGAGCAAAACAUUAGUGCAUCCCCCUCCGCCCCUGCCACCUCCUCCCCCUCCUCACCCAAAUGCAGAAGUCCCCUCUGAUCAAAAACAACCGACAGUUACUAUGGAAACCACUAAAAGACUUAGUUGGCCUCAGCCAGCAAGCAUCUGUAGCAAUAUAAAAUCUGAACCUAUUUCUUUUGAGGAAGGUUUAAGAAGCAGCUGCGAACUGGGCAUGAAGCAAGCUUCCUAUGAUCAGAACGAAGUGAAAGAACAGUUAAAAGCAUUUGCAUUAAAAAAUGCAGAUUUCUCUUCCUAUUUACUCUCUGAGCCACAGAAGCCUUUUACCCAACUUGCUGCUCAGAAAAUACAGACGCAGCACCCGCAGCAGCAGCAGCAGCAGCUCUGUGGGAAUUACCCAACAAUACACUUCGGUAGCACAAGCUUCAAAAGGGCGGCAUCUGCAAUUGAGAAAUCAAUUGGGAUUUUAGGAAGUGGCUCGAACACUGCCACAGGUCUGCCUAACCAGAACGCCCAGAUCCCGGUUCAGAAAUUUGCUGACAGCAGCAAUGCCGAUGAACUGGAACUGAAAUGCUCCUGCAGGCUGAAAGCCAUGAUCGUGUGCAAAGGCUGCGGAGCCUUCUGUCAUGAUGACUGCAUAGGGCCUUCCAAACUGUGUGUAGCUUGUCUGGUUGUACGGUAG